CGCGUCAGCCGCUCACAGUUCAAACGGCGCGCGAGCCGCGAACACGCGCAGUGUGUCUUCCCACAGCCGAUGUGACAGUGUCAUCUAUUGCUUUCUUUCCUUCUUUCGAGCCCUGUUUCUCAUCUCUUCUCUCAUUUCUCGGCUUGGAGAGGCUGGAGAGUAUCGAGGAGGCUGCAACGCGCGCGGGAGUUUCGAAAUCGCGUUUCGCAAUAGUACGCGUAGAUGAGAAGGUUUUGACUCGGAAAGGCACAGCUGCUCGGCUGUGAGGCAGAGAAGAAGCAGCGGUGGGCUAUACCGGACAGUUUCGCGCAAAACUGAGGAGUUUGCCGCUGACAGUCUGAAGAGAGAGAGAGAGAUAGAGAGAGAGAGUAUACACUCGUGUGUCCUAACUUUGCAGCAGCUCGACGAGAAGAAGUCCUUUGGAAGUUCUCGAGCAGCACUGCAGCAGAGAGGAAAACCCAACGCACACAAUGACGUCCAAAGCACCCACUCAACGCAUCCCAGCAGCGACGCAAGCGUCACCGUCGUCGUCACUCCCGUCCGAGCAUAUCAGCGUUUCCUCGACGUGAGCAUGGCCCGGUCGGUAAUGACGAGUCGGGGCCUGACGUGAGUAGGUGCGCGCGCUCGCGGGCUCGUCUAUUAUGAGCUUUCGCCGGCGAUGCGCCGGGCGCAUCUUGCUGCUACUGCUGCUAUCGCUGGCCGUCCAUGCGGAGGCUCAGGUUCGCCAGGACACCUCGGCCAGGCUCAACGGGGACUUUGUCAUCGGCGCUCUCUUCAGCGUUCACCAGCAGCCCACCAGAGGUAGCCAGAACGCCCUGAUGUGCGGGGCUAUCAGGGAACUCUACGGGAUCCAGAGGAUCGAGACGGCCCUCUGGACGCUGGACCAGAUUAACAACAACAGCGAGGUGCUCAGAGGUGUGACGCUCGGCCUGGAAGCUCGGGACUCCUGCUGGUACGCUCCGGUGGCCCUGCAACAGAGCAUCGAGUUGGUUCGCGACGCCAUAACACCGGCCAUCUCCAAGGCGAGUCUUCCCGCUCAGGACGGCCUCUCGGACUCCUGCCUGCUGGAGCCCAGUCUCCAGAACUUGGAGAAGAAGUCCCCGCUGAUCGGCGUCGUUGGACCGGGCUCAAGUUCGACGGCGCUCCAAGUGCAGAAUCUCCUGCAGCUGUUCUCUAUUCCACAGAUCGGCUACUCGUGCACCUCGAGGGACUUGAGCGACAAGAGCCGAUACUCGACCUUCCUCCGCGUGGUACCGUCGGAUUACUAUCAGGCGCAGCUGCUUGUCGAUCUCGUGCGCUACUUCAACUGGACGUACGUGUCGAUCGUCAAUACCGAUGAGAACUACGGAACGAGCGGCAUCCAAGCUUUCCGCGAGUUGGCGGAGAAGACCGGCGUAUGCGUGGCGAGGGAGGACUCGAUCCUGACGUCGGCCGACGACGCCGCCUUUGACGCGGUGAUUCAGAACCUCGACCAGGACCGCGCGGCCAACGUCGUCGUCUGUUUCUGCGAGGGAUUCACCAUUCGGCAUCUCAUGGAAGCUUCCAAGAGGAUGAAUCUCACCGGGCGAUUCGUCUUCGUCGGAAGCGACGGCUGGGCGGACCGAGACGACGUGGUGCACGAUCUCGAGAGCGAAGCCUGGGGCAGUCUCUCCAUACGCAUCCACUCGCCUUACGUCGCCGAGUUCGACAACUACUACCUAUCGCUGCAUCCUUACAACAACACGCGCAAUCCUUGGUUCAACGAGUUCUGGCAGUUCAACUUCAACUGCAGCCUGCCUGUCGAGUCCGAGAAGGACAGCCGAUACAAGCUGCCACCCAACUUUCCCAACUGCACCGGCGAGGAGCGACUGACGUACGAGCGCUACCGGCAGGAUCCGAAGAUGAGCUUCGUGAUGAAGUCGUUCUGGGCGAUGGCUCACGGUCUGCACAACAUGCUCGAGGAAACUUGCGGCCACAACUACACGGGAGUCUGCAAGCAGAUGUUCCCCUUCAACGGCACUCGCUUUCUGCAUCACCUGAUGAACGUGACUUUCGCUUUCGGCGAGGAGUUCGUGGAGUUCGAUCGUCGAGGGGAUCCACCGGGCAGGUACGAGAUCCUGAACUACCAGCUGAUGCCAAACGGAACGUACGCGUACGUGCAGAUCGGCGACUGGAACAACGGGACGCUGACGUUAACCGGCUGGCCCCAGUCGCGCAGUCCAAGCCUCGUCGAGAGCGUCUGUUCGAAGCCCUGUCCGCCGGGAUAUUACAAGAACUUCAAGACAGGCGGUCAGGAGAAGCGCUGCUGCUGGGCUUGCGUUCCCUGUGACCACGACCAGUACGCCGACGAGGAACAGAGCAAGUGCAUACCCUGUCCGCAGGGACAGUUGCCCAACAAGAAUAGAACAGCGUGUUACGUGAUACCGGAGGAGUUCACGCUGUGGACCGACGUCGAGGCGAUAAUAGCGAUGACGUUGGCGGCCAUAGGACUGCUCGCAACGUUCAUCACCUGCCACAUCUUCAUCAGGCACAACAACACGCCGGUCGUCAAGGCGAGCACUCGCGAGCUCAGCUAUCUCAUCCUUGCCGGCAUGACACUCUCGCACUUCUCCGUGCUGCCCAUACUGGCCAAGCCGACGUACACCUCGUGCACGCUGAGCCGUCUGAUGCCGGGCAUCAGUUUCGCCAUGAUUUACGCGAGCCUCUUCACAAAGACCAACAGGAUAGCCCGGAUCCUGGCAGGCUCGAAAAAGCGUUUCCCCAAACGCAAGCCUCUCUUCAUGUCCGCCACUGCCCAGAUCAUGAUAACGUGCAUACUGAUAACCAUAGAAGUAGCAGUAGCCGCGACGAUGCUGAUGAUGGAGCCGGCGAUGCCGAUCAGAGUACACCCGGCGCGCGACAGAACGGUGCUCACCUGCGCGACGACGCCUCGGGCGGUGCUGUCGCCGUUGGCCUUCGAUGCUCUUCUCAUCGGCUUGUGCACCCUCUACGCCAUCAAGACGCGCAACGUGCCGGAGAACUUUAACGAGGCCAAGUUCAUCGGAUUCGCCAUGUACACGACCUGCGUCAUCUGGAUCGCUUUCGUGCCCAUAUACUUUGGCAGCGAGACCAAGAGGCUCUUCAAAGACGCAAAACUGUCGCAGGUGAUAACGAUGUGCAUGUGCGUGACGCUGAGCGCCUCGGUCACCCUCGUCUUCCUAUUCAUGCCGAAGCUCUACAUCAUCGUGCUGAGGCCCGACCGGAACAAUCGUGCCCUCUUCACCACGAGCAAGUCCAUCAGGUGUCACAUCGGGGCACGAGUCGCCGCUGCCAUAGCCGAGCCCACGCCCAAGCACGCCGUCUACAGGAUCUCCGAGAGCGAGGAGACCGAGUCCUCCUCCGCUUACAGGAGCAACAGCAGCAGCAUAAAGAGGCGCACGCUGUCGACGCAGACGGACAAGGAAUUGCUGAUGUCGCUGUGCCAGGCUCUCCUGCUCGGCACCGCCACAGCGACAACUGGCAAAGCGUCACCGGUUAAGAGCAUCGACGAUCAUCAGCAGCAACAGCAGCAGCAACCGAAACAGCUGAUGUGGGAGUGCGAAGCAACGGUCGAGUACGACGAGGCUUGCGAGCAGUGCAACGGCCUCAGAAGGGCUUCGAUGGAAAAAUCCGAAGCGUCGCAGACUCGUCUCGCCUACGUGAGAAAUCAUCGAGGGGAGAGCGUGAGCUACGAGAGGAAUCACUGGGCUGAGCUUGACGUUAAGAGGCUCGUCGAUGACCUGCGUAGACGAUCCGUAGCGGCCUAUCCGAGCGCUCAAUCAAACUGCCAUCGGGGACCAACGAGUUCGUUCGCAGCCGGAGCUUCCUCAUCGCCGCUCGGCAGGAAGAAGAUGAACGGUCUGAGGGGUGCCGAUUACGAGUUGCACCAACUCGGUCGCCGCGAUUCCAGCCGCGCAGAAUCUGGCGCUAUCGACUCCGAGACGCUGAGAUUGAUAGAUCUGAGAGCGCGCAUUCGCGAGGAGAGCGAACUACAGCCAAGCGACUCCGGCGAUCCCGUCAUCAACAUAACCAUCACCCUCGGACACGGAUUGCCCGACUACGUCGAUGCUCCCGUUAGCGAACUCUGAUUUUCCGAACUUUAUGCUUUGUCGACUGUUUGAGUUUGUUGGGUAUUAUGCGAUCUAGGCGAUAGUUCAUGCUAGUAUGUGCGAGCAGCGAGUUACGUUUGCCAAGAUGUAUAGGUGUAGUCGGUGUUGAUGUAAGGUAAUAAGCGUUAGAGAAAUAAUGUGCGCGGCGAUUAUAGGGAUUCCGUGAGAAAUUCCAUUAAGGACAAUCGAGAUUGCCUAAUGCGAAUUGUUUUCAAUGGUGUAUUUCAACUGAUCAUGUCAAGCGCACACCGUGUUAUACAAAUAUAUACGUAUCAACUUUGUUAUUUAUUGAAAAACUUUGUUAUUUCGGACUUUUACACCAAAAUAACAGGAAUCUAUACUGUACUUGUUGAGUUAUGCAUACCGUCGUUCAUCGCUGCUCCGAAUUAUUUCUAGUCAAUUUUUUCAUGUCCUCACUCGUUUAUAAAUAAUAUAUAACUAUGUACGUAUAAUCUACUUAAGACGAAACAUGUUUUCUAUUAUAUAAUGAUCUUUAUUUAUAAUAUUUAUAUGAUAAUCUAAAAUAUGAAUGUUGAAAUGAAAAGAAAUUUUAUCGUGAUAAUGUUCAAAAAUUAUCUGAAUACACAAGGAGAAUCAUGAGCAAUAUAUCGAUUCAAUGGUCUAUCCACUUCGAUCUUUAUUUUGUUAUCAAAAUGUCGUAAAUUCUCCAGCAAUAAGUGAAAUUUUAAUUUGAUCUUUCAGUAUGUGGUCUCAAUAGGUAUAAGCCAAAACUAGCAUAAAUAUUCUAAGUACAUAUAGCGACUAAAGAAUGCAACAUUAAACAGUGUAUCAUAGGCUAUGACCAAAUCGUAUAGUUGCCUAAAUAUCUCCAAAUUAAAUAUUAGUAGACAAAUUUCUUACGAGUUUUGCUAAGCGAAACGCAACUAUAGCGUAUACUUUUGCAAAAAAGGUAAAAGUAUAACUUUGUAGAAACUAAUAAAACAACUGUAUCCUACAGCUAAUGACCAUCCUUCGGAAUUUUCGACUAGCAAACUAAUACGUAAUGCAUACAAUCAACUACUUUUUUCAAGUACCAAAGACUACUUAAACUGAAGGGGGCCACCCUUAUAUGUAAAAGGAAUUCGGUCAUGCUAAAAAGAUAUCGAUCUUGGUAUAUAUGGAUUCUUCGACGAUUUUCAUUUCACAUUUAUUUCAUAAUUCUGUAAAUAAAGAAGAUCCAAGCACCGGUUGGAAUUUAAUUUUUUCAAAAGACGUAUCAAUAAUAUUGCGUCGUCGAUACAUGAUUGUUUGAUAUACAUAUAUAAUCUGGAAUUAAAAUAAAAAUUUAUUUAACGACUCUUGAAAUAUUUUCAUUCCCUCUUGCGAGUAGUCAACCCUCGCUAUCAAUUUGAAUUGAUUGGCAAGGAUCAUAAAUUCUGUAAUUGAAAAGAAGAAAUUAUCUUUUUUUAAUGAACAUCGCUUGUCUAUACCCGAGUGGCAAUUAAAAUUGAAUAUCAGCGAGCGUUUGCGUACACUUUGUGAGAACGAUCUCGUUCGUUUCUUCGCAUUCGAUUAUAUCCAAUUUCAUUUCUCGCUAUCGCGAUGAGCCUGCGAUCGAUUCUCCGGAUAAUGAAGUGUCCUAAAGUAGACAAGCUCUUAUAAUCAUUUCCAAUUUCACACAGAACAUAUCAUAUUUUAGUAGUUAUCUGUAUGAAGAGCUGGAUAGAGAAUAUCUGAUUAAUUACGCUGACGGAAUUGAUCCAUCCGGUCAAAUAUUGACGGAUCAUCUGAUCGCUGUAUAUUCUUCUCGUUCAUCGGCCUUCUCUCUCUUUUUGGUAUUCCAAACGUCGAGCUUAUAAGCUUAGAUUAUACAUACGAAAUUUUAAAAUCAAACCGAACGAAAAUAUAAGCAAAAAAUAACAAAUGCAUACAGAAAUACUCGAGCUCUGACCCCAUUGGCAGUCAGGAAUAUAUCAUCAAUAUCGCGAGUUCUCUCCGAUAACCCACUUGCAUUCUGCCUCGAUACCUCUGAGCAAAAUAUGAUCGUCCGAAAUUCCGGCGGUAGUCUGUGAAAAACUUUAAUGGAUCACCCGCUUACUCCUUCACUGAUCCCUAUAGCUUCGCGAGUUUAUAAGAGUCCAGCGCGCGUCCGGGUAAAUAUUGAAUUUCAAUAUCGACGGUCAUUGACUUCGAGAAAUAAAGUUUGCGCUUUUGUAUCGGACUCAAUGAGAAAUUCGGUUCAUUGUUACCGUUGCGGCGUGGGUUCAAUUAGAGCCAAGACUGUCGCUUAUUGCGAAGAAGCUCUACUGGCGAAUGUUAAUUGGAUGAUGGUCUCUUCUGAUUUUAUUUUUGUAGCAUAAAAACGUGAGCUUUUUUAUAACAGUAUUGAUAUAACUGAAAAUUUGUUCCUUAAACAAAAAUAAAAUGUAUAUGCAUCUGAAGCACUAUUGCCUGUAAA